AUGUUUAUAUUUAUUAUAAUGAUUUUAAUCCACUAUUCAAUGAUAACAACAAAAGAAACUACAACAACAACAUUGACGACAACGUUACAAGAUGGUCAUCCAAAUAAUCCUUUAUAUCAAGGUUUUUUUAGAAAUAAUAGUCCAUAUGAUAAUGAAAAACAAAUAUUAGAAUGUUUGAAUAAAAAAAUUUUUAAUAAUGAUCAUUAUGUACAUCAAAAAACUAAAGAAGAAGAAGAAGAAGGAGAAGAAGAAGAAGAAGAAGAAGAAGAUGGAAAAAGGAAAAAAAAUGUAAAUGAUCAAUCAAAUAAAACAGUUGAAUGUACAAAUAAUGAUUGUGUCCAUCCAUUAAGAAAUGAUUCAAAAAUUAAUACCGUAGAAGAUUUUCUUGACACAUUGAUCAAUUCAUCAAGAUAUGACAGAAGAAUUCGACCAUUUUUUGAUCAACAAAAAGCCUGUAAUGUUACAAUGACAAUUCAUAUUAAUACAAUUUCCGCAAUUAAUGAAGUUAAUAUGGAUUACAAUACUGAUUUGAUAUUCCGCCAAAGUUGGUAUGAUCCACGUUUAAAUUUUUCUGGAACUGAUUGGGCAACGAAGAGUCCACAAAUAACAUUACAUUACAGUUUAAUUGAUCGUAUAUGGGUACCAGAUUCAUUUUUUCGAAAUGCUAAAGAAGGCAAACGAAGUGAUAUAACAGUGCCCAAUCGUCUUAUUCGUGUACACAAAGAUGGUAAAGUCUUAUAUAGUCAGAGGCUGCUCUUAAAACUCGAUUGUCAAAUGAAAUUACAAAAAUUUCCAUUAGAUAAUCAAACAUGUGUCGUUAACAUUGGCAGUUAUGGAUUUGGUACGACAGACUUGGCCUUUUUCUGGGAAGAAAGUGGAAAUGUUAGUGCUAUUAGAGUUAAUGAAGAUUUAGAAAUGCCUGAUUUUGUAUUAUCAAAUCAUGAAGCAAGAUAUUGUAACAGGACAACUGCAACUGGCAAUUUUACAUGUUUACUUGUUGUUUUACAUUUGAAACGACUAUUUGGAUAUUAUUUAGUUCAAGUAUACAUACCCAGUAUGCUUAUUGUUAUUCUAUCAUUUGUUUCAUUUUGGAUUGAUCAUAAGUCGGUACCAGCUCGAAUUUCAGUUGGUCUUCUUACUGUUUUGACAGUAACUACUCAAAGUUCGGGUAUCCGGUCACAACUUCCACGUGUAUCAUAUAUCAAAGCAAUUGAUGUUUGGAUGAGUGCUUGUCUCGUUUUUGUAUUUGCUGGUUUAUUAGAAUAUGCUCUUGUCAACGUGAUUGCUCGAAAAGGCGAACUAAAGCAACAAGUACGAUUUUCGAAGGAGGUCAUCGGAAAUCGUCUCGCUCAUGUUCAUUUUUAUCGUCAAAAAGAAGCCAUUGGUAGCGCUGAUACGAUGGAAACAUUAGUGACUAAACGAAACAAUAAUGGAGGUGGUGGAGGUGGUAAUGCUGUCAGUGGUGGCCAAUAUUCGUCAGUAUCACCCUCAUCACCAUCAUUAGCAAAUUCCGUGCCACCUGUGCAAGCUCAAAUUGUUAUUCCUCAAGCACCACCUAUUUCAAAGGCUGCAAAGCCAGUCCGAGACAGUGCACAAUUUGUAAUACCAAUUCUUUAUUAA